AUGAUCAAAACAAUCUCAACGCUGCGCAAAAGUGCAAACAUGUUUUCUGAUGAACAGCUGCAAACUUUCUCCAAGUACAACGCACAAGCUGCCUCAGCCUUGCGAGAAGAGCGUAAGAAACCUCUUUAUCAAGAUGCUGAGUAUGCGGAUUUGGACUGGGAUAAUCUCGGGUUUGGUCUAACUCCAGCUGAUUACAUGUACGUCAUGAAAUGUUCAAAAGACGGCGAAUUCACCGAAGGAGAACUUAGUCCCUAUGGGAAUAUUCAGCUAAGUCCUUCUGCUGGAGCGAUAUAUGAAGGCACAAAAGCAUACAGGAACGAAAAUGGGAAGCUUCUUUUGUUUCGCCCUGAUCAAAACGCUAUGCGAAUGAAGAUUGGCGCUGAACGGAUGCUCAUGCCUUCUCCUUCGGUUGAUCAGUUUGUUCUUGCAGUUAAACAGACGGCUUUUGCAAACAAACGUUGGGUUCCUCCUUCAGGGAAAGGGUCUCUGUACAUUAGGCCUCUGUUGAUGGGAAGUGGUCCAAUUCUUGGUUUAGGACCUGCACCUGAAUAUACAUUCAUUGUCUACGCAUCUCCAGUUGGAAACUACUUCAAGGAAGGUACCGCUGCUCUUAACCUAUAUGUUGAGGAAGAGUAUGUCCGUGCAGCUCCUGGUGGAGCUGGAGGUGUGAAGAGCAUCACAAAUUAUGCCCCUGUUUUGAAAGCAUUGAGCAGAGCCAAGAGCCGGGGGUUUUCAGACGUUCUUUAUCUCGACUCUGUCAAGAAGAAGUAUCUCGAGGAGGCUUCUUCUUGCAACGUCUUUGUUGUGAAGGGUCGGACAAUCUCAACGCCUGCAACUAAUGGAACAAUUCUUGAGGGGGUUACUCGGAAAAGUGUGAUGGAGAUCGCGAGUGAUCUAGGUUAUAAGGUAGUAGAGAAGGCAGUUCCUGUGGAUGAAUUAAUGGAUGCAGAUGAAGUUUUCUGCACCGGAACUGCUGUAGGAGUUGCUCCCGUAGGCACUAUAACGUACCAAGACAAAAGAACAGAGUAUGAAACAGGGGAUGAGUCUGUCUGCCAGAAACUGCGCUCGGCACUUGUCAGUAUUCAGACAGGAGUGACUGAAGAUACCAAAGGAUGGGUCACAUGUCUCAACUGA